AUGGGGCGUAGGAUUCGUGUACAGCGUAAAGGUCCAGGAGGCAUCUUCAAAUCUCAUAACAAGCAUCGGAAAGGAGCUGCUAAGCUACGACCGGUGGAUUAUGCGGAACGACAUGGCUAUAUCAAAGGGAUAGUAAAGAAUAUCAUGCAUGAUCCCGGACGUGGUGCUCCUCUUGCUGUCGUUGAAUUCCGAGAUCCUUAUAGAUAUAAAGUCCUGAAAAGUACUAUGAUUGCUGCGGAAGGAAUGCAUACGGGACAAUUUGUUUACUGUGGACGUAAAGCGCAAGUUCAAGUUGGCAACGUAUUACCUCUUUCUGAACUACCGGAAGGAACUACUGUAUGCAAUUUGGAAGAAAAAACUGGCGAUCGUGGUCGGCUUGCACGCACUUCAGGCAAUUAUGCAACUGUUGUUGCUCAUAAUCCAGAAACAAAAAAGACUCGAGUUCGUCUACCUUCUGGCGCGAAAAAAGUGUUGGAUUCUUCAAAUCGAGCGAUGAUUGGUAUUGUUGCUGGUGGUGGAAGAACAGAUAAACCAAUGCUGAAGGCUGGAAAUGCAUAUCACAAAUAUAAAGCGAAGCGCAAUUGCUGGCCAUCAGUACGUGGUGUUGCAAUGAAUCCUGUCGAACAUCCCCAUGGUGGUGGUAAUCAUCAGCAUAUUGGACAUCCGUCAACGGUGAAACGUGGAACUAGUGCUGGACGUAAAGUAGGCUUAAUUGCUGCGCGUAGGACCGGUAGAAUUCGUGGUGGUAAACCAGAAAAGCAUGGGAAGGAAGAAGCUGUUUAA